AUGUUAAAUGAAGGAAUGGCAGCGUCUGAAGUCACGAGUCCAACAGAUAUUCAAGAUGAUUUAAAGAAUGAAAGCUUGGAGGCUACUGUAUCUCUGGAUAAACUCAUAAUGGGAGGUGCACCAAAGUCAUCGGGAUCAGUGUCUACUAGUGAUGAUCAUGUGCCUGCCACAACUUACGUUACAAUCCAUCUCCCGGACGGAACCCAAGGAUCAACUCUGAGUCAACAAAAAUUGCAGGAACUUAUCAUGCACUUGUCCCAGUCUGGUCAGAUUCAACUACGAGAAGAUAGCAAGAUUGUGAUAGAUCUUAAAUUCAGCGGUAAGUCGGGUGACCAAGGGGUUCAAACAAAAUUGGAAAAUUCUUCGCUCCAACACUCUGCCGUAUCUAGUGGUACGGCAUCCCAAAUACAAACCAUAGCUUCCAGCAUCCCUCAUCGUGUUUUACAGGUUGGCAGCUCGGGUUCCGAUGGAGUUCAAAUUGUACGCACUAUACCUUCUUUUGUUAGUUCUACCACUCAAAUAAUUUCAUUUCCCACCGUUGCAACACAACAACCAGUCGCAGCCCAGUCAAGCAAUCCUAGACAACAAAUCCAGCAACAACCUACUUACAUUCUAGUCCCAGCAGCUCAGCUAGCAGGUGGUGGAGAGAAUCAGGUGUUUGCAAGCACACCUAUACGUGCUGUUACAGCAGGACACACAAUGCUUCGCACUUCUGGAAUAGGUAUUAAUAAUAAUCAAAAUGUUAACACAAGCAGUGUUAAUUUAGGUUCAACUGAUCGAAGUAUUAUUCUAGUACAACAACCAGUUGCUGGGACUAGUAUUCACGUUGGUUCUACAGGUACAAUCGUUCCUGGUUCAAGUAGUGGUAGUGGUACCACUUUAGUUCCUUUACGACAAUUAGGCGUAUCUACUUGUGGCGGCAAUGGAUUGGUGUCUAGUGCAGGUUCUACUCGUCUUAUUGGGUCAAAUGUUGGUAUUGAGCUGUUUUCAAGUACAGUUGGAUCACGAUCGUCCCAAGGUCAAGGAGGUUCAAUGGGAUUGGUAACAAUUUCAGCGAAUGCAGGUGUAUCUGGGUCCUCAUCCUCCGGAACUCCUCAGCGUGAGUCAACUUGGCAGCAAUAUGUCAAACAGUUCACGAAACUGGGUCCCUGUCCAAUCUGUGGGGAUAAAAUCUCUGGUUAUCAUUAUGGGAUAUUUUGUUGUGAAUCCUGCAAAGGCUUCUUCAAACGGACUGUUCAAAAUGCUAAAAGAUAUGCCUGUCAUCGCCCUAAUGCUUCUUCUCGAUGUGAAAUAAAUGUAGCUUCACGCAAGAAAUGUCCAGCUUGUCGCUUUCUAAAAUGUGUAGAUAAAGGAAUGCGUAUUGAAGCUAUUCGUUCGGAUCGUACACGUGGUGGACGUAGCAUGUACCCUGGUUCACGUUAUCUGCGUCAGAUUGCAGCACGGGUUAGUGGGACUCACUCUGCUCCUGGUCUGGGCCUCUCUAAUUCAGCUAUGGAAUUUUCAACUUCAGAUCUCGAUGGGAGUAUGCUACGUGGAUUGACGGACCAAAGUAUUAUGUCAGAUGAUGCGGACCAACUUUCUUGCUCUGUUGUCGGACUUGCUGCGCAUACUUUAGGCCCUGAUGGUUUGCCAGCUUCAGAAGACGCGGGUGGUGGUGUUUAUCUGGAUCCUGGUGUUCUCGGUACUCAUGAUAAUGAUGAUGAAGAAAUAGAUUCCGGUAGUCUACGUGUUGAACCAAACAUUUUAGAAUGUGGAAGCGGAAUUGUCGGUGGUACUAAUUUCUCAACAAAUGUUUCGCCGUAUUUAGGUAGACAGGUAAUUAUCGGUGGUUCAAACGAGUCGAUUCCACGUACUAGAGAACAACUACCAAAGAUUAUUCGGGAUAUUCUCCUUGUGGAAGAGACCAUAGAAGCGGAACCCGAAGAUUCACUAGAAAUCGAUGCUGCGGUUGCAUCAGAAACUGCAGCACCUGAGGGGGUCUCAGAUGACGAGGCAGCUGUGUACCGCGCACUGUUGAAUUUGGCAGACCAACGUUUAUAUCGAACAGUACGUUGGUCUCGAGCACUUCCAGACUUUUCUAUACUCGACACGGAUGAUCAAAUACUUUUAAUACAAAAUUGUUGGGCAGACUUACUGUGUCUUGAUUGUUGCUGGCGCUCUUUGCCCACUCCUUCGGAAAUUCGUCUAACCUCAAGUAAAUGUAUCAAUCUUGAAGCUGCACGUGAAAUGGGUGCUGAAGAAAUAGUUGAGAGAAUUUUACAACUCACUCAAUCUUUAACAAGAUUACAACUGGAUAUUGUGGAAUAUGCUUGUUUAAAGGUCAUUGUCCUAAUGCAACCAGAUUUGAAUAAUUUAAAAGCAAGUUCUCAAGUUCGAUCCUAUCAAGAAUCUGUUCGACGAUUACUAAUGGAUUAUGUCACCAAGUCAUCACCUGAUAUAAAUGAUAAGUUUAACAAAUUGAUCAAUCGAAUUCCUGAACUACGCAAAACAAGUCAGGCUGCUCGUUUGAUGCUUGUUGAUUUGGAUCUGUCUUCUUAUUUAUCAACUAAUUCUCUUCUAAUGGAACUUUUACGCAGUGAUAUUCAACGAUAUACACCAAAUAAUGGAUCACACAAUUCGACAGAAUCUACAACAGCAGUAUCAAUGCAAGGUUCUACCAAUUCCGGUAUAAAAACUGUCUCAGUCACUUUAGGGGCUGACACUGCAGAAAAUCAAGGGGAGAAUACUACAGUUACAAUGGUCCCAUCAUCAGGCGUUACUGAUUUAUUAUCAUUACCUAAUCAUACUACAAUUACAACAGUAACAGAGAGUAGACUAGAUGAAACGAUCACCAGUAAUAGUAAUACUUCACUGACUACUUCUGAAGUUGAUGUUAUUUCUAAAUAG